CCUCCUGGUAAGAUCCCAAUAGGCUGCAAAUGGGUAUUUAAAGUAAAAUACAAGUCUGAUGGGUUCAUAGAACGUUUUAAAGCUAGGUUAGUUGCCAAAGGUUAUACUCAAACUUAUGACAUAGAUUAUUUUGAUACUUUCAGUCCUGUAGCUAAGAUAACUGCAAUAAGGGUUUUGCUCAGUUUAGCUGCUACUAACAACUGGUACCUUCACCAAUUAGACGUUAAUACAACCUUUCUACAUGGCAACCUUGAUGAAGAGGUUUACAUGGUUCUCCCCCUGGCCUCUCCACUGACCCUGCUGAUGCAAACAAGGUUUGCAAGUUAACCAAGAGUCUAUAUGGAUUGAAACAAGCCAGUAGACAGUGGUUUCUCAAGCUGACAUCAACCCUCAUUUCUCUUGGUUACACACAGUCUAAAUCAGAUUAUUCCCUAUUUAUUAAAAACAAACCCAAUUCCUACACUGCUUUACUUGUUUACGUGGAUGACAUUGUCUUAACUGGAAAUGAUAUGUCUGAGAUCAAUAGAGUCAAAGAACAUUUAGACAAAGCUUUCACCAUAAAAGAUCUAUGACAACUUAAAUAUUUUUUUGGAAUGGAGAUAGCUCUAUCUUCUGCAGGUAUACAUAUGAACCAGAGAAAGUAUGCUCUGGAGCUACAUGAAGAUCAGGGAAUGCUAGCCUCCAAACCUGCCAACUCUCCUCUUGAACCAGGUCUUCAACUAUCCAACACAGCAGGUGAUCCUCUCCCUAAGGAUGAAGCCACCAGCUACAGAACUCUUGUUGGAUGCUUGCAGUAUCUCUGCAACACUCAUCUAGACUUGCUGUUUGCUGUGAAUUACCUGGCGCAAUUUGUUAUCAGUCCACGAACACCUCAUCGGCAAGUCAUCCAACGAGUUCUUCGUUACAUAAAGGCAGCACCAGCUGAAGGACUUCUCUUCUCCGCCAAGUCAUCCAUGGAUCUUCAUGCCUAUGCUGACUCUGAUUGGGCAGGGUGUCUUGACACCAGAAGAUCAACAUCAGGCUAUUUUGUUUUCCUCGGCCGCUCUCUGAUCUCCUGGGCUGCUCAGAAGCAACAAGUGGUUUCCCGCUCCUCUGCAGAAGCUGAGUACCGAGCACUAGCAGAAACUACUUGUGAACUGCAAUGGUUGUCGUCUCUGCUCACGGAACUCCACCAGACCAUUAAGCUUCCAUUGCAGGUUCAUUGUGAUAGCAAAUCUGCUAUUCACAUGGCGUCCAACCCAGUCCAGCAUAAGCGCACGAAGCACAUAGAGCUAGACUGCCACCUUGUGCGUGAUCAAGCCCAAAGAGGGUUCCUCAAUGUCAUAUACAUUCCAACAGCGCAACAACUUGCCGAUCCAUUCACAAAGGCUGUUGGAGUUUCCACCUUUCAGGAUCUUAUAACCAAGCUGGCCAUUCAUUCCAUACAUGGUCAGCUUGCCGCAGGGGGGGGGGGGGUGUUGAGGGAAACGGUAACGUUUCCAUAUAGAUAGGUUGUUGGUUCAUGUAUGAACCGGUUAGAUAGGUUAGGAGUUAACCAAUGUAUAGUUAGUUGAGUUGUAUAGAAUCAUAUAUAAAGGGAAAGUUGUAUCCCUGCACAAAUACAAUUUCCAGUUUACUUCGUUCAAUCUAUUGAAUUCAUUGAGACUUUGACAGUGUGAAAAGUUAAAAUUUAUUUUCAGACUUCUCUUAAUGAUUCGAGGUUAUUCUUCUUUUUUAUUGAAUACCCAAAACAAAAUAAGUCGAGUUAUGAACGGGAUCCACAAGUAGUUAAACCUUCCAAAAAAAUUUAAUUAACUCAAUGUACAGAAAUUAAUUAUUGUGAUGAUUAAAGUAUAUAUCUAGGUAUUUAAAAUUGGUUUUGUGCCGACAAGGAAGGACAAGUUGGAAGGGCCACUUGUAAUUAGCUUAUCAUAUAGUUGUCAUUAAAGCCUACUAAUUAAUGAUUCCCAGCAUCAAAUCGGUAAAUCCAAAAGAAAUCAUCAUUCAUUACAUAAUAAUCCAAAUGUGCUUAUUAGAGAGGGUUCAACUUUUAAUUCGUGUUAACGGAACUUUGAUUGGUCUUAAGGUCCCAUGAUCUGAAUUAACCCAACCCAUCGAGGAACGAGAAGUCGAUAGAUUGCCUAAGUUUAUGAUAUAGACGGAAUUAGUUGGGUUAAAGAGAUUGUAAAUUAUAAAUUUGACCAACAAGUGCUUAGUAUUUAGUUGUAAUACCACCGAUUUAAAACUUGGUUUCAAAUUCGACUAUCUUAAAUAGUACCAAACUAAAAAUUAAACAUAUAUCAUUCUUAUAAUUUUUUUAAUAAAUUUGGUGAAUGAUUCUGAUUUAAAUAUUCAAUUUCUUACUCUAAUCUUAUCAAACUUGUUAGUUACACAAAAUAAAUGAUUUUAUCAGUCCAACUACUCAUAUAUCACAGUUUGAGUUUGGAGAAUUACGGGAUCGUUUGGAUGGGUUAAUUGUCAAUGUGGUAUUUGUAAAGUCAAAUAACUCAUUUAUUGUUUGUGUGGUAUUUCUGUGUUAUUUCAGUGGUAAUUGAAAUAAAGUAUUUCGUUUGGUUGAAUCAUGCAAAUGUGGUAUUUGGUAAAAGCAGAGUGAUAAAACGAGUUAUUUCGAAAUAACACAUGUGUAUGAGUUAUUUCAAAUAACUCGUUUUGGGUUAUUUGUAAAUAACUCACUGUCCAAAUAAUUCAUUUCAGUAAAACGCUGCCAAACGAGUUAUUUGUCUCCAAAUAACUCACAAAUACUAAAUGUAUUUGCUGGCUACCAUAACUGGAUUCGGAUACCACUUGUUAUAAUGGUUGAGCAAUAGAUAAAGUAGUGAAACAUGCAUACAGAUUUAUCGUCCAUUGUAGUUAAAAGAAGAGAUGGAGUUAAGGAAACUUCAGAGUGCAGUGCCUCAAACUCUCGUUUGGAGAUGGUCGGAAAUUUCGUCCUGCCGAAUUGGUUGACGGUGAAAGUGGUGCAUGUGAUGAAUGAGAUAGGUCGUUUUGGAGAAGGAUUCUAAUGAACGUGACACUCAGCCAGCCCUUUUUCCCAGUAGUUUCCUUUCCUCCCCGAGGCAGCUGUUUCGUAGAGUUGAGUUCACCCAUACCCAUCCAUGGCCAUGGCAAUUUCGCGGUUAUGUGACCGGUUUAGCAUUUUUUUCUGGAUACUCCGUUUCUCUUUUGCAAGACAUGUCGACAUUGACGCGCACUGUUGUUUGGUUUUGAUGAUUGUUUGGUUAAAAUAGUUAUAAUGAAUGCAUUGUUUAUAA